GCACCGUUCCUCUUUCGUGAUAGGACAUCACACUUCCACAAUGAGGCUCCGACUCACAGUUAGGCGCCAUGGACUGCCACCAACGCCGGUGGUUUGGAACGUUGAAUUCGAGGAGACCACCAUAUCUCAGCUGCUCGAGCAGGUGAAUGAGGCGAUCCCGCUCGAGUCGGGAGAAUGGGGAUUGGAGGAUUAUGCCGUGGAGUUGCAGGGCAACCAUGGUCUUAAUUUUGAGUGCUUGCAUUAUCAGCUGGUCGGGAAGGUCAUGAAGGACGAUGAUGAGGUUGUCAUUCGACCCCUCCUUACCCAAGAUUUAAAAAUACGCAAGAUAUCAGGAAGGCAUCAGAUUUCGUCCGACGGCAAACAUCUAGUAGAUGGGCUUGCGUUUGGAAGACCACUUCUGAGGAGACCCGCCGAUCGACCUGCCAUCAAUAUCCCCCCACGAAAACGGCGAAGGAUCACAUAUCAUGAAGACGAGGAUGAUGACGAUCUGAGCUUGCUUGCUCUCAAGGACCGUGAAUCGGUGGAGAGCGAGGAUUCAGACAAUGAUGUGAACCGCGAUCGACAGUUGGUCCUCCACGCUGAUUUCGAAGAUGAUGAUGAGGAAGAUGAUGAGGAUUUUGCACCUGACGAUGAUAAUGAUGACGAGGAAGAGGAAGACUUGGAGGAGGAGGAGGACGCUCAGUCUGUAUCAGAUGAAGGCCAACAAAUGGAGGACGAGGCCGAAGCUGAAUCAGAUGAGGUCCAACAAAUAGAGGAUGAGGAUGAGGAUGAGGACGAAGUCUCUGAGGCUGAAUCAGACGAAGACCAACAGGUGGAGGAUGAGGAAGAGGAACAAGAGGCAGCAACCGAAUCUCAGGGUCAAGAUGAUUCAGACAAUGAUGCACUCCGCGACGUCAAGGACACAUCCAGACGAACGAUGAUUCGUAAGUUACAUUCAGCAUUUCCUAAUUCGCCUAUCGCGGUUUGCAAAUACGUCCUAAACGGCUCUGAUGGGGAUCUGGGUGAGGCCUAUGAGGCUAUGGCUCGAGGAUUCAGAUCUGUUAAGCCAAAGAGUGCAAUUACCGAAGCCUCCCAAGAAAGCAAGUCAGUGCAAAAAGUUCGUUCAAAAAAGACUAAGAAAGCCUUGAAGGAGUCCUCAACGGAGCCCGAAAUUCAAGCUAGCAUGCAGGCCGAACCAGACGAGAGCCUGAAUCCAUUGCUUGAGUAUUAUGACCAAAAUGGUUUGCCCAAAGGUUCUAUCAAAUCGGGGAAGGCCCUGUCGCACAUGGCGGAAGUUUUGCAAAGCGGACCGCGCCCGAAUUCCAGAAGCUCAAUCGCUAGCGGCAAGAGUGUCGCAUUUGCGGAUGAAAGCCUGUCCAACGGACUUACCUCAACGCCGUUCAUCGACCGGGAGUCACAGAUAUACAAGGCUGAAGAUGACAGCGACUUUUCCAGCGAAGAAACGAGUAGCAGUGGUAGCAGCGUUAGCAGUUCAUCUAGCGAAGAGGACUCAGAUAACGCAGAGGUUUCGGAUACCACUUCAUCUGGGAGCGACGAGAGUGAGAGCGAAAGCGAAAGCGAAAGCGAAAGCGAGAGUGAUAGUGAUAGCAGCAGUGACUCUUCCAGUGACGAAGAUUCAGCGCCCGAGGAGGAGUCAAGUAAGCCGAGCUCUAAUAUUUCGGCGAGUCCUAGGAAGGGGCAGGAGCCAUCGGCACAAGACAUUGCUGCCAAGCCGAUGCCCGCUGAGCCGGUACCACCAGGGCAAGGUAAAAAACAAACCAGGGCGAGGAAUCGUAGGAGAAGAAAUUUAAACCUUCUCAACAGGUUCAAGGAGAAGGGCCUUUUGCCUGCUUCCCUCACGCUAGCCGAGUUCAAUAAGCUGAAUAUAAACGACAAGACAACGGAUGAACAGAUCAUGGCUUCCGCAAAGACCGUUCAAUCUGUUGCAAAUGCGGAUGACGAAUUCCUAGCGCGAAGACAACAAUUGCUUGAUUCGAUCGCCUCUGGUGGUGUUGAGGUUGGCCAAGAAUUUUCGGGAAGAGCAACAAAAUCACCUGUGGGUGCGGUCGGUACUUCUACGGCCAAGCUUUCAUCCUCAGCUACGAGUCAUACACCCGUCGCUGCUGAUUCGGAGCAGAGUGAUAAAUCAGUCUCUACAGCUCAAGAAGCCCAGGUGUCUAUCUCAACUCCAGAGGUAUCAGGAGAGACAGCUCAAGACGCUGUUUCGGGGCCCGGUUCAAAGGAAGCCGGUCUUGGUGUUUCAAAUCAGUCAGAGUCUACCACUCCUGUAGAAUCAACAGAAAGCAGCGUGGCUCCUGCGCGCCGGGGUAAGCUGAAUAUUGCUGCUGGCCGCCGAUUACUAUUCGGGGCCUUGGGAAUGAAGAACCCAAAGACAAAGAUGGACGAGGAGAAGCUCCGGAACGAUCUGAUGAAGGACAUUAAACCCCUUCCUGUUCCGAAAUCUGUCGAGGAACCAGCUCCCACUGCCGAUGAAGAGGCUGCAGAUGAAGAUCCAGAGGCAUGGAGAGACGCAAUCACUUAUCGAGCUGUCGAAUGUUGCUAUGACGGCGUUGAGUUGAGCGAACCACCUUUCCCCUUUGUACAGCGCUGGGACCCUCAACAGCAGGGUGGUUGGUCACAGCAAGGCAGAGGUGGUAAGAGGAAGAAGGACCAGAGAGAUCAGCCUCAGUACUACGAUGAAAAUCAACGAGCAUCCAAGAAGCAGAAGAGGCGCAUGGGCAAACAAAGCUACGCCAAAGAACAAGAGUAUUUGGACGCUUCGUACGAACCUAGCUACCAAGAAGACUCUUCGAUUGCUCUUGAUUACGACGAGCCAACCCAACAUACAACGCAACCAAGUGAUGUUGAUGGUGAGGUUAACCAGCAGCUGAUGAACGAUCUGAACGAUGAAGAGUCGGUUGAUGUCAGUCAAGUACCUACAGAUUUGGCUCCUCUUCCUGAAGAUCCCUCAACUCUCCCUGAUCUCAAGGCUGGCGAGGCUACGCCGGGUAUGACUAUUGCCUUCCAGCAACUCAUCAUGUCUGAAGCUACGAAAUGGCAACCGCAAAUAUCGCCAUACCGCACUGCCAUCGUGAUCGCAACUCCAGAGAGCGGAGAGCUCCAUCUCACACUUGCAUUACGCGACCGACAGCGGCCCGAAAAACACUACGACGAGGAGACUGGUGACAGGAUUUAUGGAAAGUUUGACAUCCCCCUAGAAGAUGAGCAGGAGGAAGAGCCAGAAGACGAUGGGAUGCUUAAUUUGGGGUUCAGCGAACUGAUCAAUCCUAAGAUCGUUCAAAAUGCCCCAGAAGAUCUAGUGGACGACGAGAUGGGGGACGAUGCCUUAGCAGCUGAUGACGAAUCCGAUUCUGACGAUUCUAGAACUGGGAACCCAGAGAAAGGACACUCGGAAGAGCAAUUUUCUCAUGUUACCGAAACACCCUUGGAGCCAGAAAUCCCGGAGUCUGAUCUGGAACAGGACGCUAACCCAGGAGAGAAAGAACUCAGUAAUUCCGGACAGGAACCUAAGUUGUCAGUGGAAGGGUCUAAUGUACGGGAGCAAAACUCUCAGUUGUCAGAACAGCAGUCUAACUUUUCAGACCAGGCUGCCCAUGAUCGCGCUGCCGAAGUUGCCACAACUCCUGUCGCGGAACUUCCACCUAUGGCGGCGGUGAGAUCGACCGAAAUCUCGGAUGAGACCAGGCAGCAGAUAUCUCACAUGAUGAAAGAAGCUGGCUUUCGAUCAAGCGUUCCGUCAUCCGUAUUGAAGGAUAUUCGCCCUAACGGUAUGGAAUCUCCUGGUGAUGCGGCUGUCUUCGAGAAGCUCAUGAAGGACAUGGUCGAGAUUGAGGAAAGCCCACCACAUUCUCCAAUAUUUAAUGGUUUUGGUUCCAGCCCGCCGGUCAGGAGAUCACGACAGCCUUCAAGCUCUGCUCCACCACAAUCAAGCUGGCAAACUGUCGAUUCAGAAGAGGAAUUCAGCUCGCCGGGCGGAAAUCAAGUACAGGAAAGGGCCCAGGAUAUCUCGGAAGAAGAACUAGAUGGGUAUUCGGAAACGUUUGAUCAAUCAAAUGCAUCCCGAGGGCCCGUAAGACGCAAUCCCGUGAAGAAACUCCAUAAAGCCCAACCGGUCCAAAAAGCUAAGAGGAUGUGGGAGAUGCUUGCUGGUACAAAAAGUCGCGAGCCCAGUGCUGGCUCACUGGUGGAAAAUGGAAAUCAGUUGUCAGAAACGUCUGCACGAGCAGCAGACAGCAAUGUAACCGUCCAAUAUCCAAAAUUAUCAGUGGGUUCGUCUUUCGCUAGCCAGAUCAGCGACCAUGGGCACCAACCUGAUACGGUUUUUGAUGAUCGCUCAGCAUUGGGUGCUGACGCUUCCAAGGCUACAACUGAGGAAUCCUUGAAUCAACAGGAUGAUGUGAUGACCGAUGGUGAGCCAGACCUGGCAUCUCGCAAGCCCGUCGAUCAUAGUAAGGGUGUGCAACAGUCAGAUGGCCCGUCGUCUGAUAUCGAAUCAGAUCCCCCACGUCAAUUGAUCAAGAAGUCGCCUGGAGCUGCACGCAAACGCUCGGAAGUAACAGAACAUCGGCCUUCUUCGGAUGAUGAGUUCCCACCCCUUGAACAAGUCCUUUCGCAGCACGAGCCGAAGGUAGAGAAGACGACGACGGUGUCUUCCCACGUCCGAAUCAAAGAGGAUACAGAGUACGACAAAAUCAUGGCCUCUCUUGAGGAAGACCCGGGUGAAGAGUCUGAUCAACUGACGCCCAAGGCGUCUCGGAAUCGCACUAUGAUAUCGCAACGUCCAGCAUCUCAACCUAAUCUAGAAUCUCGCAAGUCUCUAGCACGCGAUUCUGGACUUCGAUCGUCUCAAACUCGAGUGUCCCAGAGCCAGCCUCAGAACUUCAUUAUUCCACAAGGUACUGAAGUUAUGGAUUUAACCUUGUCCAGCGACGUCGAUGAUGGUGACAAUCACGUACCUAACAAUCAGCAAGACGAUGAGGAAGACGAUGGACCCAAGUCCGCCGUUGCCGUUAUGCGGAGGUUCAGAACUUAUAAAGUGGCUGAUGACGACGAUGAAGAUUUUAAGGACAGUGACGAGGAUGACAGAAAUGGCUGGGUGAAGAAGAAGGCGAGCAGUCAGAGCGUGACCCGGAGACAUACUGGCACAGGACUGGGCACUUCUUCCCAGACUUCACUUAAUUCAAGGAGCGUUAGGAGGAGAACUGCUCCCAGAUUCUAAUACUUAGAUGGGCAAUGGUGUUAUUUGCUUUCAAAGCGAGGAUACCCAAGUUGGCAUGGGUUUGGGUUUUUGAGGACAAUUUUCUCCAAGGGCUAUUCAUUUCAUACGAGAGAAGACUAGGCUUACUGACCUUAGCUAAUGGGCAUUUGAGCGUGAAUGAGCUCUUCACAGUGUAUGAAAAACGUCUGAACCUUCC